AUGUCUAACGAGCUCGCUAAGCAAUUCAAGGCCCUGCACAAGCCUUCAUCACCCAUCGUUCUCCCCAAUGUAUGGGACGUGGCUUCAUUCAAUACGGUUACAUCGCUCAACACAGAGAGCUCUAAGCCCGUCAAAGCUCUAGCUACAGCUUCCUGGGCUAUUGCUGCGACAUAUGGUGUCCAAGAUGAGGAGCUCACCCUAGAGCAGAACCUGGAGGCCAUUAGCAAGAUUGCACCACUGGCCAAAGCUGCUGGCAUUCCACUCUCGGCAGAUCUACAGGAUGGCUAUGGGUCACAGAUCGAAUCUAUUGUAAAGCGAGCUGUUGAGCUCGGUGUCAUAGGCGCCAAUAUCGAGGACAGAACUCUUGAAGGGACUUUCUACCCUGUGGCCGAACAGGUUCAGCGUCUCAAAUCAGCCUUGAAGGCAGCCUCAGAUGCAGGUUGUCCAGACUUUGUCAUCAACGCCCGAUGCGAUAUAUUCUUCGCCGCUACCCUCCCCGAAGCCGACGAGCUCAACGAGGCAAUCACACGUGGCAAGGCGUACCUCGAGGCCGGAGCCACAACCGUCUUUUACUGGGGCGGGUCGAAGCGCGGGCUGCGGACGGCGUGGGUCGAGACUUUGGUGAGGGAGCUCAACGGGAGGGUUUCGGUCAAGUUGGCGCAUGGAAAGGAGGAUGCGCUGUCGACGCGGGCCUUGGCAGAUAUUGGUGUUGCGAGGAUCAGUGUUGGGCCGAGUUUGUUUCUUCUGGCACAGGAGGCCGCUAAACAAGCAGCUGAGAGGAUUCUUUCUGGUGGGAAUUUGUAG